CCGGUACGGUGGUGAAAUCUGUCCGACAGAAAUGUAACCAUUAAAUUGAAGUUUGAGAAGUUCUGCUGCAUGUUUACUCUUUUAAACUUGCAGGUGUAUAAAACGCUAUAUAUAUGCUUAAUGGUAAAUCACUGUAAGCUAAAACUUGCUUGUCAAAAUGGACGUUAGAGUAGCGUUCUUCCUAUCUGCUGUGUUUUCACUGUCAGCUGCGGCGGAUGAGAUGGUGAAUGUAUCCGGAGGCAAGAUGUUAAUGGGAACCAGUGCAGCUGAUGGGAAAGAUGGAGAGGCCCCCAUCAAGGAGGUUAAAGUGCAGUCCUUUAAAAUAGACAAAUACCCGGUGACAAAUACUGAUUUCAGAGACUUUGUGAGAGCGCAGAAGUACAAAACUGAAGCUGAGACGUUUGGUUGGAGUUUUGUGUUCCAAGACUUUGUGCCAGAAGAGCUGAAGAGCAAAGUCACACAGAGGAUUGAGUCUGCUCCUUGGUGGCUGCCUAUUGAGCGGGUGUUUUGGAGACAGCCUGCAGGACCUGGUUCAGGCAUUCGGGAGCGUCUGAGCUUCCCUGUGGUUCAGGUGAGCUGGAACGAUGCUCAGGCGUUCUGCCGCUGGAAGGGCAAGAGACUCCCUACUGAGGAGGAGUGGGAGUGGGCUGCACGAGGGGGGCUGCAAGGUCGGAUUUUCCCAUGGGGAAACAAGUUCCAGGCCAACCGGACCAACCUGUGGCAGGGAUCCUUUCCAGAUGGAGACACUGCAGAGGAUGGAUACCAUGGCGUCUCUCCUGUCACAGCAUUUCCUCCUCAGAACAGUUAUGGGCUGUAUGAUAUGAUGGGAAACACUUGGGAAUGGACAUCCACACCCUUUCCUGCAGCACAGCCACAUUUUGUGCUGCGAGGCGGCUCCUGGAUCGACACACUGGAUGGUUCAGCCAAUCAUAAGGCGCGAAUAACAACAAGGAUGGGCAACACUCCAGACUCUGCCUCUGAUAACCUGGGAUUCAGGUGUGCUGCCAGCAAAGGAGAGAAACAAGGGAAGAAAAAAGACAAGACUGAACUGUAGCAACGCAGGAAAUAUAAUGUGAAGGAUAAUAAAGUUCUUAGGAACCAAACAAAGAACAAGACAAAAAAACAAGGGACCAAUCAGGUAUCAGUGACUGACCGUGAAUUUUAUUAAAUGGUGAUGGUGACAGGAGUGUAGAAUCACACUGUAUUUCUCCUGUGGAGAACUUAGCUUUUUUACAAAAAAAAAAUUGAAAAUGAUUAAAAUGAGCUGGUAGCUUUUUUUCUAUAACGUAGUGAUUUACUGGCAUUACUCAAGCGACUUGUUCCUCAUGGAAUAAUUUCACUGACUGGGAGAAAGAGGACACUCACUGUCCAUGGAACUCUUCCUUCCACUCGCUGGGAUCUGUGUUUUGUUGAGGGUUUAUGUGACUGGAGUGUAAACAAGUCCUUGAAUUGGUCUCAGCGUUCUAUAAUCCUGUCUUUGUCUCUUUGUUUAUUUUCUCAUCACAAGAGGCCAGCUGAGUGGUCGUUUGGACUCGAUCUGUUGAGCCCCGCAUAUUUUUCUAAUCCAAACUCCAGUUUUAUUUUAGUAUCAAAGAGUUGGUUAAAGCCAAGAAAUGGACAACUACUAUUGAUUUCACAAUCCAGAGAAGUUAUGCAAGGAUUGAAUUGUGUACCAGCAUCAUGUAGUGUUUAUUCCUCAGGGAAAUCAGAGCUGGCCCUUUUUGUUCUUGUAAAAAUUGCAAUAUUUUGUCUUGUUAAUGACUAUUCUUCCCUUAAAUAUAAUACUGAAACAUUAUAAGAGCACCUGGUCUAUCAAAACUGGCACACAGAGGAAGUCUCCCACUGAUUUUAAUUAGGUUCAACCUUUUUUUAGAAGUUAUUGUGGAAGAUAAAAGAUAAAAUAAUAACAUCGGUUUUAGUUUCAAGACAGGAUUCACCCAUCUUAUAAGGGGGUGACCUACUCCCUACAAUGUAUGUGUGUGUGUGUGUUGACAUAACAUUAGAUGAGCAGUGUGACGCCCUGAAUGUAAUGGGACGUGUUAAUGUGUAUAUUCCUCGUCUUAGUUGAUGAAUCACAAUUUUGGCAAAGUAUGUGUGCACUUACAAGGAAUUCAAUUCUUUUUAUGCAUUUCCCUCAAUGUACUUAGACAGAAAUAGACACAACUAGGAACCAGCUGAACAAAUAAAGACAAAUAAUAGACAGGAUUUUCACAUGUCUGUGGAAUACAUAGAUGGGUGUGUAUGUAAAUAAAUGACAAACAAUGAUAUAAAAUAUAUUUACACAACUCAAUUGUUAAUGAAACAAACAAGGUUAGAGGGAUGAUUUAUUGUCAUUUUACAGUUGUACUCCCAAAAACUAUUUUUAUGAUGGAGUGUGCAGGAGUGUCACAGCUUUAGGAAGGAAGCUGCUUGGUAGUCUGGUCCUACUUCUGUUUCUCUUGCCAGUCUGCAGCAGGACGGUUAUUGUCCUUAAUAUCCUUGGGGCUUUUUCGUAGGAACCUUUUCACCCCAGUAUCGCUGAUGCUCGCUGGAUGAGCACCAAUCAUAGACGGGCAGUUUUGAUCACUCCCUGCAUAGCCCCCCUUUCCCAAGCACAUCCCAUGCCAGUUUGUACAGUUUCUGGUCGGGAUGCUUUGAUACUCCGUUAAAGUCAAGAAUUUUGGGUUUUCUUAUGUUUGCCUAAAUUAUUCAGCCAACUUUGUCAGGUUGUUAUUGAUGCUGAUCCCCAGUACGUUAUUCUCUGAGUUUACUUUUUGAUAUUAUUCUUCAUAUUUUUAUCUCAUUAUGACGUCAAUUCAUUUUUGUAAUCCGCCCAAUCAGAAUGUUCUUUAAAUGGUUAACGAUACAAGUAGUGCAGAGUAUAAAACUAAGUCUAUUUAUAGCAAUGGAUAUGCAGCAUGUACAAUUUAUAUUGACUGGACGGAUGAUAUGUACAUAUUUUUUUGAAAAAUGUAUGUGGGAUAUUCGUCACCCAAAAAUUACCCUCUUAACUCAACUGGAAAGAAUGACUACUAAUGGUGUUUUCCCCGAGUAAUUUCAACUCAAAAAAUAACUCAGUGACUCAAGCGAAGAGAGGAAAAAAAGUCACAACAUAGAGAUUCAAUGGGCGUUACUUUGUCCCUGACUGUUAAUUACUUAAUUUUGUUUCCCUGGGCACUAUCUCCAACCCUCUGCUCUGUCUAUUUGCAUUGCUUGAUAAAACAACAGUUUAAAUCAGGUAUCCUGCGUCAGGCCUGAAUAAUCUGAUUGUAUAAAAAGGAUCAAAAGCCCUCCUUCCUUUGUUCUCUAUUGCAGGAGAAGGUA